AUGCCAAAGAUCGUUUUCACGCCGUGGAAAGACCAUUCCGAGCUUCUGGCCGUUCGGAGCCAAUUCUACCCUGAUCCGCUAUCGGGAUCGGAUUUACGUGCCAAUGCAUGCCGAACGGUCGAAGCUUGGAAACUGCGAGGCAAUCUGCCUCAUCCGGUGGAAGCCACGGCCUUGUUGACGGAUGCUAUUUUGCACGAUGAUGCGGCUAAGAAUUCGAUCUUCUCUAUUCGAGCUACGUAUUCGGCUGCGUUUUGCAGAUUUGUGACGGGUCUCGUCGAUUCAAAGCUCCAUGGCCAGAGAAAGACCAUGUUCCAAAGGGCCGUUGACCUAGGACUUCCGGCGUCAUUUGUUGAGUUGCGCCAUGAGGCUACUCACCGCGAGCUGCCCUCGCUGGUUGUCCUGCGAGGUGCUGCGCAACGGUCGCUGGAAUGGCUGUGGGAUUAUUACUGGGCCAAGAUUGACCUUCCCACGGCUGCGCCUUCUGGGAACGUCCCGAAACCUACUUUUCAAGACGACUUUACGGUGAUGCAGGCAGAGAUUCGGCACAGCUUAGAACCGAUGAUACAGACUGAGACCGCAGAGCCACCGCGAAAGAAAAUCAAGUCCCGGCAUACGGCAUCUCUCGUCUCUCAGCCACUGGUUUCUAUCUGCAGGAAUCAAGACCAGGGGGCUUAUGUCCUGUCGAGAGUCUUGCUCGAGGAGAAUAUGCUUGUGCCGAAGGAAAGACAAAUCGAGGCAUCCCUCGACAGCACUUUCUCGAAGUGGGAUUCUGUAUUAGAGUCUAUCUCUGAGGGCCACCCGGCUUUCUUGGCUGUUUUGACAGAAGAAAUGGUCAAUGAGAUAGCAGGGCCGGACGACUCAGACGUGAGAAAUGAUCCGUACAAGGAAGGCAUCUACAUGUGGCUGGACCACAUUCUACAGACCAAGACAUGGGAGAUUCACAGACGGCGACUCCCUUUGGCGUAUCUGCUUGCUACGUGCGAGGAUAAUCUCAACCAUUGGACUAAGUCGCUGAUGACACUUCUACGAAACGCUUCCGGUGAUGUUGAUAUACCCCGAAUCCGCGAAUCUUCACCCGAUGAAAAUUCUGCAACGGAUGCAGAAAUGGUGCCCGAUUCUCUGGGAGAUGACUGGGAUGAGCUGAAGGCGUAUGGAUGGGAGUCGUUGGACAAGUGGACCAGCAGGCCACUGGGGGUUGCUUAG